AUGCCUCGGGGUCAUAAAAGGAAGCUCCGUAUCUCUGCAGAACACCACCAGGCCCAAAGUGCAACCAAACGUCUGGGGAAUGCCAAGGAGGAAGCACUGGCCUCCUCAUCCCCUCCUCCAGAAGCUGCCACUCAGAGGAAGCCUGGUGCUAGGUCACAGAGCCCUAUCAGGUGGCUUCAGAGAGCCCUGUCCAUCAUCACGAAGUCUGCAGGUGUUUCAAAUGUAGGAUUAUCUGAAGGAGCCAACCACAAAAUGGAGGACAAGCCAAGUUCCUCCAAGGCCCCACCUUCCAUGACACAGUCUCAGAGAGACCGUUGGACUGAAAUGACCUGUACGGUGGUGCAGUUCCUGAUGCAGAUGUACAAAAUGAAACAGCCUAUUAGGAAAGCAGAUAUGCUGAAAAUUGUCAGUAAAAAGUACAAAAAUCUCUUCCAUGAGAUCCUCAGAAGAGUGUAUUCCAGUAAGGAGGUGGUAUUUGGUGCUGGCUUAAAGGAAGUUGAUGCCAUGCAGCAUUCCUCUACCCUGGUCAGCAAAAUGGAUCUCCCCAACAAUGUGAGGGUGAGUGGUGGCAGAAGGGGAUUCCCCAAGUAUGGUCUCCUGAUGAAUAUCCUGAGCAUGAUCUUCAAGAACAGCAAUUGCAGCACUGAGCGGAAGAUCUGUGAAUUCCUGAACAACAUGACACUAUAUGCUGGAAAGAGGCAUUUUCCAUUUAAGGAGCCAAAGAAAGUCAUCACCCAAGAUUCUAUGAAGCUCAAGUACCUGGAGUACCGCCGGGUGCCCAACAGUGAUCCUCCACGUUACGAGUUCCUGUGGGCUCCAAGAGCCCAUGCCGAGACCAGCAAAAUGAGAGUGCUGGAGUUUGGGGCCAAGAUUAAUCACACGAUCCCCAGUGCCUUUUUUGUAUGGGUGUGA